AUGGUAAUGAAGAAACGUCACACUAGUACAUCUUUCCGUAAUGAUGGCAAAGAACAUAGUUGUGGAUUUUCACAUUCAAAUGCUCAAUGUACAAUUCAAGAAGAAUGUGAUCGUGUUUCAUUGAUUCGAACAACAAGUGUUAGAUCAUCGGUAGAUUUUCCUCCAAAUAUAGAUGAGAAAGAUUUAGAAGUUUUAGAAGAAAUUGGUAGUGGGGCGUUUGGUAGAGCUAUAAAAGUGAAACAUCGACAAUCGAAUCGUUUAUUAGUUUUGAAAGACGUGAUUGAACAAAAUAAAGCAAUUGAAGAAAGUAUUAUACGUGAGGUUUCACUUCUUCAACAUUUGAAACAUACAAAUAUUUUAACAAUUAUUGGUGUAGUUAUUCGAAAUAGACAAUUUUGUCUUAUAACUGAAUUCAUUGAAAAAGGAAGUUUACAUGCUUUAUGCUUAGAUAGAAUAAAAUAUCCAUUUGAUUGGAUUAAAAUAACAACAUUUGGUCGUGAUAUUGCAUCAGGAAUGGCCUAUUUACAUAAACACGAUGUGAUACAUCGAGAUUUAACUACUCGUAAUUGUUUUGUACGACAAGAUGAUUCUGUAGUGGUGGCUGAUUUUGGAUUGUCAAAAUUAGUUCAAUCAAUUCCAUCUUGUAAACAGAAAACAGAAGAGAAAAUUUCUGACCAAUCAACAAUAAAUAAUUCCGUUCAAGAUAUUUCAAAUAACACUGAUGCUGUUGAACGUCACCUGAGUCCUCAUCGUCUUAGACGUCAUCAUGGAUAUAAUCAUCCAAGAAGACAUACUGUAGUUGGUAGUCCUUAUUGGAUGGCACCAGAAAUGUUAGCUGGUCAACCAUAUGAUAAUGCAGUGGAUGUUUAUUCAUUCGGUACAAUUAUGUGUCAAUUAAUACUACGUACUGAUGCUGAUCCUGACUGUUUAAUACGUAAUGCAAAAACUUUAUGCAUUGAAAUGAAUGAAUUAAUGAAGCUGGAUCAUUUUCCUAUUAAUACACCUACAAUAUUAUUAAAUAUGACUAGUCAAUGUAUUUCAUUAGAUUCUAGGAAUAGACCUUGUUUCGAUUCAUGUGUUGGAUCACUUGAACAAUGUUUACUAUACUUACUCUCUGGACAUCAAUCAAAACAAGUGAUCAUUGGAAAUUCCGCUGAAACUACUUCCACCAACAAUAGUAACAACAACAAUGCAAACAUGCUCGAUUCAUCAGGAUCUUAA